UUAGCGCUGUCCACUUCAGCACCAGGCAGGAUAACAGUCAGCUCGAACUUUGGAAUCCAGGACCACGAACAAAACCUUCACAAGAGGACGGCACCGCUAAACGUCACACGGUGUCCGAAAUACAUAAACCAUCACCGCCGUCAGCCGUCCAACAACUCCGUUAUUCACGAGAAAGAGAGAACAAGAGCAUUGUGGCCAUGUACGAUGGGGCGAGGGUGCCUUCCCCCCAGGACAGUGUCAACGGUGUGCCCCCUGCUGCCGUGAACCUGGCAGGAACAGAUGCGGGGUCAGGCGGGUCAGCGUCAGUGCCCACCCCGGCCGUGCAGCCCAAGCCAGAAGAAGAGGAGGGGCCUGAGGUGGAAGAGGAGGAGCCCAGACCAGAGCCUGUACUGGUGAAGAAGGCCCAUAGGGAGAUCCUAGACCACGAAAGGAAGAGGAGAGUGGAGCUGAAGUGCAUGGAGCUGCAGGAGAUGAUGGAGGAACAAGGGUACUCUGAGGAGGAGAUCAGGCAGAAGGUCGGCACCUUCAGACAGAUGCUGAUGGAGAAAGAGGGGGUAAUCACCAGAGAGGGAGCACAUACACGCCCACCGGUCAAACACAUGGUCCAUGGAGAGCAUGGGGAGGAGCAGACCGACCCAACCCUGGCUGAAGGUUACCAGGAGGACACAGACUGGCAUGGAGACUACUACGAUAAAGACGGUUAUAGAAUGAAGAGGAAAUCUAGCAGCUCUCCAUCUCCUCGACCAAAGAAGAGGAAGAAAAAGAAAUCUGGUCGCAGAAGGAGUCGGUUCGACAGCUCCUCUCCCUCCCGCAGAGAGAAGAAGAAGAAAAGUGGAAAGAAACACAAGCGAGACAGGUCGACGUCUGGUUCCAGGAGAAAGAGGAGAUACAGAUCCGGUAGCCCAAAGAACAAACAGAAAGACAAGAACAAAACCAGAAAGAGGUCCCCAGUAGAGUCCCCCAGUAGGAGGUCUCAACGUAGAGGCAGCUGCUGUAGCUCCCGCAGUGCAUCACACUCCUCCACAGGCCACAGCCCCUCCAAGUCCCCCAGCAGGCCCAACUCCAAGCAUAAGACAGACGGACACAAGGCCUGUGUGAGCCCGUCCCCGUCUCCCGGUCCUGGCGGUCCUGACGGUCCUGUCGCGUGGCACAACGGGCACCACCACCAAGACCACGCCCGCAACGGCAAAGCCGGCAGACUCAACCAUAACCACGUGGCCGAGGGCAACAAAGGGCAAGAUAAGCUGAGAAUGCUGACUGCUGCUACUCCGGGAGACCAGCCGACCAUGAUGCUGCCUCAGCUGAGAGGAGGAGAGCACAAGACCCACAAUGCCCUUUACAGGACCCCAGGAGGAGGUUCGGCAAUCCAGGCUGGACAGGCUGGAGAGGCCCUACACGGAGAGGAAAGGCAGUCGAUAGGGUCGUCGGGCAGACGGGGAGGUCACAGAGGUCACAGAGCUCAUGGGAAGAGCUCCCAUUCGCCAGCUCACAGCAGUGACUCCGCACACUCUCAACGUAACCUGCAUCCUCACAGAGGAAAAAGCUCUCACCGGAAGAAGACUAAAGGGGGCCACUCGUCCAAGCGGCACCAUCAUGGGGUUCGGGGACAGGCCCAUCACCAGAGCCAGUCUGGCUCCCCGGGGCGGCACCGCCACACAUCUGGGUCAGGCAGGAAGAAGAGUGAGUCUCGGGGGCGCGGUGGCAUGGGGGUCCGACAGCGUAGCAGCUCCUGGAGCUCCGGACGCUCUUCAUCACGCUCCGGCUCCAGAGAGAGAGGCCCCAGCAAGGCCAAGUCCCCCCACACCCAUGCCAGACAGAACAACUCCAGGGAGAGAGACAGCCCUCACCACUCUGAUGCUGACCGUGCUCGCCGUCGCUCCAGGAGCUAUUCUCCCAUCAGGAAGAGGAGACGAGACUCUCCCAGCUUCAUGGAGGCUCGCAGGAUCACCAGCGCUCGGAAGCGGCCUAUCCCGUACUACCGUCCAAGCCCCUCCUCCUCCAGCUCCAUGUCUAGCCCCUCCCACUCGGAGAGGAGUCGCAGCCAUGACAGCUACAGCAGCUAUAGCCGCAGUCACAGCCGCACCAGGAGCCACAGCCGCUCCCGCAGCCGCAACCACAGCUACUACAGUCGCAGCAGUUACGAGAGCCCCGGCUUCUGAGGAGAGAGAGACAGAGAAAGAAAGGGCGACGGGGAAAAAGAGCGAGCGAGGGGGUAGAUAGAGAGAGAAACAGAGAGACAGAGAGAGAAAGACAAGAUAAAUCAUGUAAUGUAUUCGUACUGUAUGUCCCUGAAUGGUUCAAACACAGGGCCAGACCUCUGGUCCAUUUUUACCCUCAGUCUCCAUCUCUGUAUACUUCAUGUUAAUCCGCAAGUAUGGGUAGCUGCUGCCCAUUAUGGUGACCGGAGUAUGGGCAUUGGGUGUAUAGAAAGCGAAUAAUCUAAUUGGGCAGAUUUGUUGCCACUCAAGACCGUUUUGCGUGGCUGAUUGGGAUGCACGAUGAGUCAACCAGUGCACCGGUGUUGUAUCAACAUGCCUGCUGACUUGAAGUGCUUCCUACUGGGUAUCACGGUCGUGUCGCUGACGGUAUCUUACGUGGACAUUUUUUCACACCGGUGCAGCCUUGACAAGAAAUAGCUAAUAUUGAUAACCAUCUAGAUGUCACCUUGAUGCAGUCUACUACUCAAUGGGAAGGGCAUGAACGUCAAGAACACCGCGACUCCACUACCUAGUAGGCACUAUCAGGGUGACAGUCACAGUAAGCACACGCAUGAAGCAACAAUACACCCAUCAUCAAUACCUUUAAUCUAAAAUGAACAGUCGUCAGUUUUCUAACUGAAAGUGUACAAUUAUUUGUGUAAAACUAUCACUGAAAUACAACUCCGACUCAAGCAGAAGUCCAAACUCUCGCGGUAUGGUAGGUCAGUGUACGGCAGUAGCGUGGUAAGAAACGGAAACAACAAAAAAAACGUCUCAGUCAAAACCUUCUAACCUACAGCAGAGCGAUUCCGACACACCCACUCCUUUCCACACGCCCACUACUUUCCUUUCGACACACCCACUACUUUCCUUUCGACACGCCCACUCGCCCAUACGCCGGUCGCUUUAUUGCUACUCCUUUCUCUUAACCUGAGCCUGGAUCAAUGGAAGGAAGAGGGAGGUUUUUAAUAGUAUAGCACAUUCAUUUGAAAUAUCCAUUUUUUUUCCACAAGUGGGAGGGAAAAAAAUCGAUAUAUCAAAUGAAUGUGCUAUAAUAUUAAAAUGGAUGCAACACACUGGUAAUUAUUUAAAAUAACAUUCCCCGGAUCAUGGUUUUAGAAAAUAAAUGAUAAAGCCUAAAGAACAAGUCUGUAAGCACUUUCUCCAUAAUCUUCCACGGAGCAAAAGUAACCAGAAAAUAAGUUGUUAUUUUAUUUGAUAUAUUCUAACAUUGGGACACUUCAUGAGUUUGUGGAAGAAGAGGAAAAUAAGAAACACACAUGGAAAAAAUAAGUCAAAUUAAAUCAAACAGUACUGGGCCAUUUUUUUCUCCAAUGUCAUUACAUCAUUUCCCCAAAGACACUAAUGCUCUAUUUAAGGAACUUGAGAUACCAAGAGAAGCGAUAAAGAACAAAACAAAAAUCGGCUGACAAUUUAGCACACAGAAGGGAACUGGUGUAUGUUUUUUUUUAAGGUUGUAGCAUAUAUGUCAGGAUAUAUAAAUGAUUCUAAACUGUAAGUUCUGGCUUGUAAACUAUGCACUGUAUAUUCCAUGUGAUUUUGAAGAGGCUUGUUAUUUGAUGGUGACUUAGUAUGAUGAUGCACCAGGAAGGAGGAAGGCUGCUGCUUGUACCAGAGAGCCCUGCUGGCUGCCACUAUAGGUCCCAGGCUGCAUCUGUCACGGACACUACAGCACUACAGGUCCCAGGGUGCAUCUGUCACUAAAGUACUACAGCUCCCAGGGUGCAUCUGUCCUCUCUCCGCCCAUUCUGAUCUGUAUUGUACGUGGCGUACCAGAGCUGUAAUUACACACAGAGGCAAGAAGGGAUAUAAAACCCAAUGUAUUAUUAUGUACUUUUCCUCUCUUCCCUAUUCCACUAUUUAUUGUGUUCAAACUAUUAAAGCUGCAAUAUGUACAUUUUGGGGCGGCUUGACCAAAUACACAUAGAAAUGUGAGUUAUAGAUCUGUCAUUCGCAUUGAAAGCUUGUCUAAGAAGCAGUAGAUCUGUUCUAUGUGCGCUAUUUCUAUUUUUCCUGUUUACAAGGUUUCGUUUUUGCAUCUUUUACUUUCGGUUUUGUACACCAGCUUCAAACGGCUGAAAAUACAAUGUUUUGGGUUAUUGAC